AUGGAUAACACCUUUCACGGUAAACGUCUUGAACCUAAUGCCCUGGAUUCAAGACAGUCGCUAUCUGACGACCAGUCCUCAUUGGUGGAUGAAGGUUAUUGGCAUGACAAUGGUCAAACCUCCCUGCAAUGUGCUUCGUGGCAUCUUCUUGAGGCAAUGACAUCCAUUUUCGGGGACUUCAUAAACAAGCGAUUGAAGCGUGCCAUGGAACUCAUCCCUGAUUUCCUGCUAAAGCAACUCACUGAACUUCGCGAGCUCAGUCAGCGGAAAGCCGCAUUUGUGGACGAAGCCGACAGUUAUAAUAUGGAACUGGAUCGGAACAAUCGUCGUUUGAUGAAACAGAUGGUCGCAGACAAACAAAAAAUCGCCCGGUCAGUUUUUGCAAUUUGA